CUCCUCCUCUCGCUCGCUACACGCCGAGGCCGCCGUCACCGCGGGGGCCGGUACAGCGGAGGCCAGGCCUGGGCUCCAUCGUCAUCGUCAUCGUCUUGUCCCUCUGUGUCUCUGUGUGUGUGUCCCCCCCACCCCAAAACCCGCCGAACCCCGGCGAGCUCCAUGGUGCGGGAAGGCGGCAUGGCCCGUACCCCUUACAGCUCCACGCAGGACAUCCAGAUGGACGUCUUCGACAACGCCGCCCUCCAGGGCAAGUACAGCAAACGCAAGAGCCGCUUCAAGCGCUCGGAUGGCAGCACCUCGUCCGACACCACCUCCAACAGCUUCGUCCGGCAGGGCUCGGCCGAGUCCUACACCAGCCGCCCCUCGGACUCGGACGUGUCGCUGGAGGAGGACCGGGAGGCACUGCGCAAGGAGGCUGAGCGCCAGGCCAUGGCACAGCUGGAGAAAGCCAAGACGAAGCCGGUGGCGUUUGCCGUGAGGACGAACGUCGGCUACAACCCGUCCGCCAGCGACGACAUGCCGGUGCAGGGCAUGGCCAUCUGCUUCGAGCCCAAAGACUUCUUGCACAUCAAGGAGAAGUACAACAACGACUGGUGGAUCGGGCGGCUGGUGAAGGAGGGCUGCGAGGUGGGCUUCAUCCCCAGCCCCGUCAAGCUGGAGAACAUGCGGCUGCUGCAGGAGCAGAAGAUGAGGCAGAACCGCCUGAGCUCGAGCAAAUCGGGGGACAACUCCAGCUCCAGCCUGGGCGACGUGGUGACGGGGACCCGCCGGCCCACCCCCCCAGCCAGCGCGAAGCAGAAGCAGAAAUCGGCCGAGCAUGUGCCCCCGUACGACGUGGUGCCCUCCAUGCGGCCCAUCAUCCUGGUGGGACCCUCGCUGAAGGGCUACGAGGUCACGGACAUGAUGCAGAAAGCUCUCUUCGACUUCUUGAAGCAUCGCUUUGACGGCAGGAUCUCCAUCACGCGAGUGACGGCCGACAUCUCCCUGGCCAACCGCUCCGUCUUGAACAACCCCAGCAAGCACACCAUCAUCGAGCGCUCCAGCACGCGCUCCAGCCUAGCCGAGGUCCAGAGUGAGAUCGAGCGCAUCUUCGAGCUGGCCCGGACGCUGCAGCUGGUGGCCUUGGAUGCCGACACCAUCAACCACCCGGCCCAGUUGGCCAAGACGUCCCUGGCCCCCAUCAUCGUCUACAUCAAAAUCACCUCCCCCAAGGUGCUGCAACGGCUGGUGAAGUCCCGGGGCAAAUCCCAGGCGAAGCAUCUCAACGUGCAGAUGGUGGCUUCUGACAAGCUGCGCAGUGGCCCGCCCGAGAUGUUCGACAUCGUGCUGGACGAGAACCAGCUGGAGGAGGCCUGCGAGCACCUGGCCGAAUACCUGGAGGCUUACUGGAAGGCGACGCACCCCCCCAGCAGCACCCCCCCCAACCCGCUGCUGAACCGCACCAUGGCCACGGCCGCCCUGGCCGCCAGCCCCGCGCCCGUCUCCAACCUCCAGGGUCCGUACCUAGUGCCGGGGGAACCGCCGCGCGAGGGGGAGCACGGCCGCCUCCGGCAGGGCCCGGGCGAGGUGGGGGGCCACGGACAGAGCCGACCCCUCCCGCCGCCCGCCCGCCUGGCCCCCCGCAGCCUGUCCCGUCAGGAUACCUUCGACUCGGAGACCCCGGGCAGCCGGGAUUCGGCCGGCACGGAGCCCGGUGAUUCCUGCUGCAUGGACAUCGAGACGGACCCCGGUGAGGAAGAGCCACCGCCGGGUCCCCCCGGUGCCGGACCCCGUGUCCCCCCCGGCCACCAGCACCCCGGUGCUUGGGACGAGGACGAGCCCGGGCGCGAGAGCCGGGGGCUGCGGGGUCGAGCCAAGGGCCAGGACCGCUACUGCCCCGACCCACCGGAGACCCUCGGCCUCGACCAGAGCGACGUGGAGGGCUGGGGCCAGGACGUUUACAUCCGUUAGGGUGAGGGGGUGCAGGCAGGGGACGGACCCCCCCCACCCCUCCCAGCGCUGGCUUUGGGGCAGGGGAGAGCCCCGCUGGUUGCCUUUGUGCCCCCCCCCCUCCCCAAAAACCCAGCCAGCCGUGCCGUGGGGAGCCCCUGCUUUGCCCUGGGGGCUCCCACUGCCCCAUUCCUUGGUGUGUGGGGGGGUCUCCCUGCCCCCCCCAACCACAGCCCCCCAGCAUCUCACGGUGCCUCGGGCCCUCCCCACCUGGCAGGGAGAGCAAGUGACCAAAGGGGACCCCGGGGGCUCUGCCCACGGCCGGCGUGUCCCCGUCCCCUGCCCCUGGGCAUGGGGUGGGGGGGCCGUGCUCCCCACCCAGCCCUUGCCUGCUGACUGCCCCCCCCCACAACCCGGGUGCCCCCGCUUCUCCAUGGUGCUGUUUGCCACCCGGCUGCAGGGGGACCCCUGAGCUGGUGGUGGUAGAGGGGGGGUCCCUGCCAGCUGCCCCCCGUCCCAGCCAGUGCCUGCAGCCUGGCACUGCACCCCUGCAGGCCUGUGACCCCCCCCGCAGCAGCU